GGCAACGGAGUUCUGACUUUGUGUUUAGAUCAAUCAUGAUAUCCAUAACCAUGUGAAGAAAGCGUUUCCCAUAGGACUAAUCACAAAGCCAUUCUCUCUCUUCUUUUAUGGGUUUCGAUUUCUUUCCAUAAAGUAGAGAGAGUUACUGUUCUAAAUUCUGAGCUCAAUUAGUAAGACUGGCGGAGUUGUUUGGUUGCUUGCUAUAGCACAAUACGGUGCGUCUUACGAAAAAGUAUAAAAAGAACAAAUUAAGUGAAACGCAGUGGAGUUUGAGAGUGGGAGAAAAAAAAACAAACAAAGAAAGAGUAGCUAUGGCUAUGGCUAUGGCUAUGAAAGCUAGUCUCAUGCUCCUAGGACAAUUCCCCAUUCUCAGUUGCAGUAAACACUGGAAGGGGUCAUCAUUGGGAAUGUCGUUUCGGGGCCUAUGUACGCGUUCAACAGAAGAGCUAGAACUCAAGGACUUCAUGGAGUACCUGGAUUCUCUUAAGAACUAUGAGAAAUUGGGGGUUCCGAAAGGUGCAGGGACUGAUUCUGAAGAUGGGUUCGAUUUAGGUCGGAUGAGAACGUUAAUGAAGCUACUUGAUAAUCCUCACUCCAACUUCAAGGCCAUUCAUAUUGCCGGGACCAAAGGAAAAGGUUCUACUGCGGCCUUUAUCUCCAACAUUUUGAGGGCAGAAGGCUAUUCAGUUGGUUGUUAUACAAGCCCACAUAUUCAUACUAUUAGAGAACGGAUGGCAUUGGGAAGGUUCGGUGAGCCUGUGUCAACUAAGGCCUUAAAUUCUCUUUUUCAUCGGAUGAAAGAGAUUAUUGACCAGGCGAGGAAACUUGAAAAUGGGCAUAUAAGUCAUUUUGAGGUUCUGACUGCUAUGGCAUUCAAACUAUUUGCUGAAGAGAAUGUUGACAUUGCAGUUAUUGAGGCUGGGUUGGGAGGUGCACGAGAUGCAACCAAUGUGAUCUGUAGCACUGAACUUGCUGCAUCGGUUAUUACUACAAUAGGUGAGGAACAUUUGGCUGCACUUGGGGGUUCUUUGGAAAGCAUUGCAGUGGCGAAGUCUGGAAUCAUCAAACACAGCUGCCCAGUGGUGUUGGGUGGGCCGUUUCUCCCUCAUAUUGAGAAAAUUCUUCGAGAUAAAGCAUCUUUGAUGUCAUCACCUGUAGCAUCUGCUUCCGAUAGUGUUAAUUGUAGUAAAAUUAACGGCAUUAGCUUGAUUGAUGGUAGACCCUGCCAAUCUUGUGAUAUAGUGAUACAAGCUGACAGGGAUUUAAGCCCGCCCUUCAAGUUACUGGAUGUGAAAUUGCACAUGCUUGGAAGUCACCAGCUUCAAAAUGCAGUCACUGCCACUUGCACAGCACUCUGCCUGCGUGAUCUAGAUAUUUCAGGAUGGAAAAUUUCUGAUGAAUCUAUUAGAGCUGGUUUAGAGACUACAUGCUUGCUCGGAAGGAGUCAAUUCCUCACAUCAGAGGAAGCUGAGGCAUUGGGACUGUCGAAUGUAAUAUUAAUGCUGGAUGGAGCCCACACUAAAGACUCUGCUAAAGCAUUGGUGGAUACUAUUCAAAGGACUUUCCCUGGUGCACAUUUGGCUCUUGUAGUUGCAAUGGCCAGUGAUAAAGAUCAUGUAGGUUUUGCAAGAGAGCUCCUCUCACUCUCAGGUGGACAAUUAGAGGCUGUCCUUUUGACUGAAGCUAGCAUUGCUGGGGGGAGAUCUCGGACAACGUCGGCUUCUUUCUUAAGAGAUUGCUGGAUCCAAGCUUCCAAUGAGUUGGGAUUAGCUACUCUUCAAGUUGAAAUGGCAGAAACCAAAGAACUAUUUAAAGAUCAAUUUGCUGGCAGUGUAAGCCAUCGGGAAACUAAAAUCGUUCUGGUAUCUGAGCCUUCAUAUUUGUCUUCAAUGAAAAUUGCAAAUCAGAUUCUGAGAGGUAGGACGGAGAAUGGAUCAGGCGUUGUUGUAGUUACAGGAUCUUUGCAUAUUGUGUCGUCUGUAUUAGCUACUCUUCAUGGCUGAUUCAUCUUUUCUCUACUUUUACACCACCAACCCUCAAAAAUGAAUUGACUAUAGAAACCACAUUUUACUGAGAAUUUAAUUUAUAUUUUGUAUAACAUGUCGUGGACAAUCAAAAUUGUACUCUUUUCUCUUUAGUCAUUUGGUUACUAGUUAA